GGAUCACCUCCUCCUCCUUUCCUCGCUGCCUCCCUCCUUGCUGCUCUUCUCGGCGGCGAGCAGGGGGGGGCUUUCAAGAAGCCCUCCCGCCUUUCGUAGCCAUUUUGGCUCAAGCCAUUUUUGUUCCAGCUGUUGCUCGCGUGCUGCCGCAGACGAGGUUGUGGAGCUGUUCGGCGCCGUUCCAGAUAUCUCCCAUUCGCCAUGGCGCCCAGCUCGCGUGCCCUGCUCGUCGCUGGGUGCGCGGCCGUGGCCGCAGCGGAGACCGUGAAGUUUUCCGACUACGACCUUGGGGCAGAGUUCACCAAGUGUGUCAAGAUCUCGGAUUGGAACACGAUGGGAGUCGACGACGAGGUGGAGGUCGCGGCUUACGGCGAUGAUGGAUGCUGCCCGACCGAUUACACCCCGGGCGUCGCGCUUGGAUCCGGCACGGAGUACCACAAGGGCGUGGUGAGGUGCGGCUUGAACGAUGAUGGAUCGCGGUCUGGCAUGAGCACGGGCACGACUUGCGAUUACGGCAACUGCUUCGUGGUAAACCCGGCCUUUACGUGCUCGGACGCGGACGGCUCCAAGAUGACUCUGGGCGGCUGUUGCCCGACGACGAGCGACUACGGGGACGACUGCUACGGCUACUCCAAGUCCACCUCGAACAGCGUGGAAUACUGUUCCACUUACAAGAUCGUCAGCGGCGCCUGGGAGACCCUCGGCUCCUCCGCGACGGACGACGACAUCGUGGACGGCGCGCUCGCCUGGGGCACGGCGGUGGGCGGCUCGGGCGUCUACAACUACGGCCUCUGCGGCUCGUCCGGCCAGCGGGCCGCCGCCAGCCUCGCGCGGCGCAGCGCCGCCCUUGCUGGCCUCUCUGCGCUUCCCGGCCUCGCCGCGGCAGCGCUGGCGGCGCUCGCGGCGUAAUUCAGGCAGCGCGGGUGAUUUGUUCAGUCGUGCGUCGCGUGCAUCACGCAGCGCAGCCAGUGUUUCUAUGCAUUUGGUGUACCAGGCAGCGCGUAGCAGAACAGAAG